UCAUUUUGUGAUAAGAGUUCCAGAUGGUUUCCGUUGUCUUUUAUCAUUGACACAUUUGUACGUAGUAUAUAUUGCGGCGAAGGACAAGGGAUAUGGAAAUGCAGUGAUACUCUUAAUACUUUAUCUUAGCCUGGAGCGCAUUGUGAUAUUGUAUAAUUAUCAUAAAGAGGUGAAAAUUUAAUUUACUAUCAGACGAUAGAAUGGCGUCAACUUCAGAUAAAGUUAUACCCCAAGGAGGAGUGACACCAGAAACAGGUGGAUACCAGAACCAGAAUCCAGGUGUAUACCCUCAUGCGUCUACCACUUAUCCAUACCCUAAUCCGCCGUACCAGCACAACACCCAGUAUUCUAUACACCCACCCAUGGCGCCUCAGCAGCCUCCUCAACAAGCUCCCAACAUCCAACCAGACCAGGUGAGGGUGGUUCCUUUCCAUGCUUCUGUCAGUGCCCUUAACAAGUCUACCACUCUGGCUGUCAUCCUCUGUGUUCCGAUCCUUGGGUUGCUGGGACUGCAUCACUUCUAUCUCAAUCGGCCUUACUUCGGCGUCAUCUAUGCCUUUACACUAGGACUAUGUGGUCUCGGGUGGCUGAUUGAUUGGUUUCGUAUCAAGUCUCUCGUCAGGAAAUGCAACCAAGAGACACGAGAAGCACAGAUCAAUGGCUACCAGCUAUACAGUCCCAUGUACCAUGGUCCUCUCACCAAGAUCUCACUCUGUGAUGCCUAUAUGCUCUGGCUUCCACCGAUUGGGCUGCUAGGUUUCUACCAGUAUUAUCUUGGUCGUAAACGCUAUGGCAUUUUCCACACCCUGACACUCGGUCGCUGCGGCCUCGGCUGGCUUCUAGAUUUCUGUCGCCUUCCUGCAAUGGUCCGCAAGGCCAAUGCCAACAUCGCCAUGAUGAAGAAAGGUAUCCGGGUAGAAGACCCUCCCUACUCGGUCUGUGACGCCUACACACUGGCCUUCCCUCUCGGCAUCUUUGGUCUGCACCACUUCUACCUGGGAAACACCCGGAGGGGAGUCCUCUUCCUGUGCACGGUGGGGGUCUUCGGCUUAGGGUGGCUAGCAGACCUCUUCCAGAUGCCUUUGAUCGUGUCGGAGGCAAACAAGAAUCGGGAGCUGAAUCAGCGUUUGGUGAACGCCACGGCUAAUAACGAGACCAGCACUAUUCAUACCACCGUCGUAGUGACGUCUGCUAACUCAGGCUACACCAACGGUCCGGGUGACGCCCGUGGGCAGGUCCUUGGAGGAGAGGCAGUUGGAGCUGUGGGUGGGAUCAACGAGCCACCACCAGUCUACAGACCUGAGGCUGGAGAGGGUGAAAGCGUCAUGAUCGUAGCCAGUGAUGGGAGUAUGGGGGCACAAGGAUAUGGGCAAAAUGCUUCGUCGUCACCCGCAGAGACCAAGGAGAUGAAAGAUAUCGUUGUCGAUCGAUCCAAAAUGACGCAGGUAGAGGUCCCAGACAUGCAGACGGCUCACCGUCAAUUCCACGAGCAGGAGGAUAGAGACCGAAGCAACAUGCCUCAGUACACAGAUGAAGUCUACCUCACACCUAGCCAUACCGCCCAGGACAGAAAAUUCGGGUUAGCCACCUUCUUGAGCCUGCCAUUCUGGGGGUUGUUUGGCGCGCACCACUUUUAUCUUCGCAGGAAGUUCUUCGGGACCGUCUACGCCUUCACGCUGGGACUGUUCGGCUUUGGUUGGUUCAUUGAUUGGUGCAGGAUUGGAGCUCUUGUGAGGAGAUGUAACCAGGACACAUCUGAAGCCAGGGCAAAGGGCCACUGGCUCCACAGCAAGAAAUAUCCUGGCUACCUCACUGAUAAGACCCUAUUGGAUGCAAUAAUCCUCUGGCUUCCUCCCUUUGGCGUCUUCGGUCUAUACCAUUUCUACCUUGGGCGGAAGCGAUACGGCACGUUUCAGGCCUGCUCUGCUGGUUUCUUUCUCUUCGGAUGGCUCAUGGACAUCUUUAGACUCUCCUACAUGGUUGAGAAAGCUAAUACUGAUGUGAAGCUCAUGAAGAAAGGUGUACGGGUUGGAGAGGACCCUUACAAGACAUCCGAUGCAUACUUGCUGGCGUUUCCUCUAGGUUUCCUUGGGCUCCAUCACUUCUAUAUGGGUAAUAAAUCAAGGGGGAUCCUCUACCUUUGCACCUUUGGUGUCUUCGGGUUUGGGUGGAUCACCGAUCUCAUCCAGAUGCCAAUGAUUGUCAGGGACGCCAACAAGAAGCUGAAGCUGAAUAUCAGGCUCCAAAACGCAUUGACUCAAGGACAGCCGCAGACAAAUGUCCUGGUGAUGACGACCAUACCGGCCACCAAUACAGGGUUUGUCGCAGGGCCUGUUGAAGGUCACCCAGGACAGGAUCCUUCCAUGGUGCCGGGAGCUACGGUUAAUCUUCCAGAACCUCCCCCAGCGUACAGGGAGAAUGCAUCUGCAGGGGAAACGGUGAUUCACGAAUGAACCUAAUCAGUGGUGCCUAUGGGGUCUCGAUGAACAUCGAAUGGACAAGUAGGUGCAUUGAGAGCAGGAGUUGCCCUGAGAGUUAGUGUGACACCAGCUUCUAGUGAUUCUAUAAAUCAGUUAAUAAUAAACUAGUCUUGGACAAUGACCUUGCUCAUGAUGGUGACAGUUGGAUGGCAGGUUAACGACAUGCAUGUUUACUUAGUGUGUUUUGAUUAAAACAAAUUCCAAGUUAUUACUAAUGAUUCUUCAUGACAUAUAAACAACACGGUAUACAUUAGAAGAGAAAGUGUCUGUAUUAAUAAUUUAUUCUUCUGAUAGAGAGCAUCAUUGAAUUCAUAAUAUUCGUUGAAAAGAUGUUACCAGGGUUUACUCUUAAACGCCCCCCCCCCCCUUUUGGGGGGGAGGGGUGGGGGGUAGGCAGUAUCGUUUCACAAAUUUGAUUCGGGUGGGUGUUUAUUCACCUACCCUGCAAAAUAAGUAUAUGCUGCAUGCAUAGAAUGCAUUUUUUUUUUUUUUUUUUUUU